GGCUGGAGCCAGGUGUCUGGCAACAAGGGGCAACGAGGCAUCUCAUGCGUUGGCUGCUGCUGUCCCAACUCACGUGGCAUGGGUGUCUUGGUACGGCACCUCGCCCAUGGGGCUGAGUGCACCUUCACCACGGCCACCGAGGACUGGCCCCUGCGGUGGGGCAAAGAGCAGAGAGCUGGUUUCCGGGGCUCCCUGUGGACGAGGAAGCUGGUGCCAGAGAGCCCCUCUUGCAGUCCCGUCUGGAUACAGGCUCCAGCUUCUGGGUGAAGAGCCACGUCUGUGUCCUGUGGCCCACGUGAGGGGCUGGCCUUAGAACAGUGUGGAUUUGGGGUUCAGGGCUUUUGCGCUAUGGUUCCCCUGAGGGGCCCCCCAUUGCAGGUCGCCAGGCCCUGUCCCUGAGAGCCGAGGUGCCAGAGCACGAGACCAUGAGGCCUGUGUCUCCUGCAAGCAGCGCAUCCCCCCUGGGGCUGCUGAACCGGGGCCCGGAGUAUCUCCGCAGGCAGAUGGAGGUGGGGAGCGGGGGCCGCACCCCGAGUGCCGUGGAAAGGCUGGAAGCCGACAAAGCCAAGUAUGUCAAAACCCAGCAAGUGAUCAACAGCCGGCAGGAGCCGGUGCUGCGUAGCUGCCCCCCGCGGCCUUCCCCUCGCAGCAGGAGGCGCCUGACUCUCCACCAGUGUCACGAGAUCUGUCAGAGCUCAGAGCUGGGCCGAGAGAGCCCCAAGCAGAACGGCCCCAGGAAGCUGCUGCCUUCCCCCCAGUCCCCCGUGGCGCGCAGGGGCAGCAGCAAACGCCUGCUGAGGCCCGACUCGCUCAUCAUUUACCGGCAGAAACGGGACUGCACGGCCGUCAACAAGGAGAAUGCCAAGGGCUCCGGCCUGGUCAGGCGGCUCUUCCAGGGGCCUCUGAGAGACAAACUGCCCGGCUCCCCCUCCUCCAGGGGCCUGGACGAUGGGCAGCAGGGGCCGGAGAGAGACGAGACCCCCAUGGUGUGGGUGCCAGUGGAGAAGGAGGCUGCUAGAACGCAGAGCCCAGGGGACGGCAUCUUCAGCCCGAACGCGAGCCCCGUGGGGCAGCCUCCACACGGCACCCAGACGCACCUGCCCAGCCCCCAGUCGGGGCCAGGCCCGAAGGAGGCCAAGAGGGAGCUGGGCCGAGGCUGCUCCCUGCCCCUCUCCGAGAAGGAGAGGUUUUUCAACUACUGCGGCUUGGACCGGGACCUGGUGGAGGUGCUGGGCAGGGAGAGGUUCGGUCCUGCUGGCUGGGACGCGGCCUCCUCCUUGCUCCUGGGGAGCGCGGGCUCGGCCGGCUCGGAGCUCAGCGGGCCGGCCCAUUCCAGCGGCUGCGAAGCGGGGCCCGAGGCGGAGGAGCCGGGCGCGCGGCUCUGCUCGACCGUCUCCAUUAUCGAGCGCAACGCCCGGGUGAUCAAGUGGCUCUACGGCUGCCAGCGAGCCUGGACCACGGCCAGGGAGUCCACGGUCUGAGGGAAGGGCCCUGGCCGGCCUAGAGAGACCCCGUCCCGUCUCAAAGGCUGGGGGCAGGCGAUCUCCACUCCAGCUCAGGGCCCACACCUGCCAGUCCGGCCUCCAGCGAAGGCCAUGGCAACCGCCCCCGGCUUGCUCUCAGCGUGGGCAGGAGGCGGCCUGGGGCAUGAACCAGGCAGAUCGUUUGGCUCCUGGGUGAAACAGACGCUGCGGGGGGAGAUGCCCUGAGCUGGCUCCUCCCUCCUGGUCUGCUCCUGCCUUGUAUGUGCAACUACCCACAAGCACCUGUCUGCACUGGGGCUGCCAACUGGGGGACUGUAAUGUAAAUGUGGGGGGCCCCAGGUGCUUCCAGCACCGCAUGGCCUAAUCCUGCUGAGCGGGGGAGGGGGUGCAGGUGACAUUCACCUCUGAGGGCCAGUGUGCUCAACAGAGACUUUCCUCUUUUGAAUGAUAUUUUAAAAGGUGCCCGGGGGAGGCAUUGUGCUGGGAGAGGGGGCUUGGAGCAGCUCCCCCUGGGCUGCCCCCCUGCUUCUGCUCCCCUCGGUUGAGUCUCACCCCCCUCGAGCGUUUGUAGCAAUGGGACUGGAAGGGGGAGACAAACUGGCCCUUUAAGCCUUUCUCUGCUGCUACGCUCUCGGCCUGGCCCCUUCAC